CUCUGUCCCUCUGUGUACUCGCUUAUCAGUUAAUACUUAUCGGUUAUAACCACUAACCAGCCAUUACUCUAUCUUUUCUUUCGUUUUAUUUUUGGAUUUUUAGAUUUUUUUCCUGUUCCCUUUUGAUGAGUCUAACCAAGAAGAAGAAUUAGGGUUCUUAUCAGUUAUCACCCAAAAAAACAAAUAAUAAAAUAAUAUUAUUUUGAUUAAUUAAAAAAAUAGGGAAAAUAUUGCGGGAGAGAGCGUAGGCAACAUGGUUGUCGAUGAUAUGGUUAAUAGCAUCAUCGUCGGCUAUGGAGGCUACUCUUCUUCUCGAUUCUCCGAUGCUUAUCACAAAAGGUUGGAUUUGUUGAUUUUUUUUCCCCCUUCUGUCAAUGCAAUUUUAUAAAUCUAGGGUUUGAUGGAGGGGAUAUAUAGUGGUGAUUGAUCUGAUGAAGGUGUUUAUGAGGUUGUUUUGUUGAAUUUGUUUUUGGGAAUGGCAAAAAUGAACACAACACCAGCAAUAGAACUCAUGAGGGAAAUGAUGAGGUAGCAUGGGCGAUUCUUCUUGUCUUGUUUCCUUGUCAAUGGAGAAUCACCACCCUUCAACGCUCUUGUCAAUGGACUCAAGUGCAUCUUCUCACGAUGAACUCGAUCUGGAGAUGAAUCGCCAAAUCAUAUUCUCAGGCCCACCAGAUAUCAACCUGCCCCUCUCUGCUGAGCGCAGCCCUCCCCCGCCCUCUUGGAACUCCGACCCCUGUGAUGUCUUGGAUGUUGGUCUUGGCACACAAGGCUAUGAGACUGAGAGCUUUCUUAACAUGCCCAAAGCUGCAGCAGCCGGAAGAAAGUGUGCUAAGCGAGUCGACAGCAUGUGGGGUGCUUGGUUCUUCUUUAGUUUCUACUUUAAGCCCUCUUUGAGUGAUAAGUCUAAGGCCAAAAUUGUUAGGGACAGCAACAGUGUUUCGGGGUUUGACAAGUCUGAUCUCAAGCUUGAUGUUUUCAUGGUUCAGCAUGACAUGGAGAAUAUGUACAUGUGGGUGUUCAAGGAGAGGCCGGAUAAUGCGCUGGGUAAGAUGCAGUUGAGGAGUUUCAUGAAUGGGCAUUCUCGCCAAGGGGAGCGCCCGUUCCCAUUCAGUGUUGACAAGGGUUUUGUUCGAUCCCACAGGAUGCAGCGGAAGCAUUAUAGAGGGCUUUCUAACCCUCAGUGUGUUCAUGGCAUUGAGCUUGUUCCAUCCCCCAAUCUGAUGGUCCUUGAUGAGGAGGAUCAGAAGAGGUGGAUGGAACUCACUGGCCGGGAUUUGAACUUCACAAUCCCACCUGAAGCAAGUGAUUUCAGUUCAUGGAGGAAUCUUCCCAACACAGACUUUGAGCUCGAGAGGCCGCCUGCCCCAAUCAAGGGUGCUCCGAAUUCACACCCUAAGAAACUGCUCAAUGGAUCUGGACUGAAUUUGUCAACUCAUUUGUCUAACCACAGUAAUGGAGAUGGACUGGACCUAUCUCCAGUCAGUGGCAAAAAGAGGAAGGACUUUUUCCUACACGGAAACGAAGAAGAAUGUUACUUGGCUGUUAAUCCUCCAGCUGAUCGGAUUCCGGAUAUAGAAAUGCACCUCCCAAAUGAGCCAAACUGGUUGAAUGAUUUUACUGGGGUGAUAAAGGGUGUGUAUGGACCUGUUACUGCUGCAAAAACCAUCUAUGAAGAUGAACAAGGCUAUCUGAUUAUCAUAAGCUUGCCCUUUGUAGAACUUCCAAGUGUGAAAGUUUCUUGGAGGAACACUCUGACUAAUGGUAUCAUAAAGGUUUCUUGUAUGAGCACUUCACGAAAGCCAUUGAUUAAGAGGCAUGACCGGACAUUCAAGCUCACUGACCCGGCAUCGGAGCACUGUCCUCCUGGUGAGUUCAUCCGUGAGAUCCCUCUCUCAACGAGAAUUCCUGAAGAUGCCAACAUUGAAGCAUACUAUGAUGGGCCAGGAUCAGUUCUUGAGAUCUUGGUGCCUAAGCAUCGUGUUGGACCUGAAGAGCAUGAAGUCCGGGUUUGCCUUCGCCCUCAUAGAGGGAAUGAUCUUAAUUUAACUUGAAGAUUAGGCACUUUUAUUUGAAACAAAAAGGAAAAAAAAAGAGAUUAUUUUUUAUUAUUAUUAGGAAUGCUAGUAUGGUGCGUUUAUCAUUGUUUUCUUCUAGCUUUGUACCAUACUUUAUCUGUGAUAGAAAUUAUUUGUCUUACAUUUGAUCUCUAGCUCUGACAAUUUUAAGCUCGCGGAAUGCCCUGGUUCUUUUUUGUUAUUCCGGUGCAUCUCUAAGCUUUUGAUUGUAAGCAAUUAUCAGUCUGAACAGAGCCGGUUCUGAUUUUGUUUCAGAAAUUAUCAAAAACCAUACAUCAUACCUUUGGAAUAA